AUGGCCGACGAGUCAGAGGAGGUAAACACAGCUGUUGAAGACGGCGAAGCAGAAAACAAACAACUAGAUGAGCCCGAAGUUUCGGAAGACUCGCCCGACGGCGAGUCCGACGGCAGCGACGAGCAGGAGCUGCCCGAAGAGGCGGCUCCUGCUCCUCCGGCCCCGGCGCCUCCGGCUCCUGCCCCUGCGGCUUUAGAGAGCAGCUGGUCGGCUCCUCUGCUGUCUCUGGCUCGGAAGGCCACGGAGACGAUCAGCAGCGGGGUGAGCUACGCUGCUGCCCCGAGAAACACCUCACAGGGGUCCGCUGAGAGGGAGCCGGCGGAGAAUGAACUCAACAACACUUCAAAGAAGCUUCCAGUUCUGCCCCCCAAAGACCCCAUGGCAAUAGAAAGAUCCAACCUCCUCAGCAUGAUGAAGCUGAGCAUCAAAGUAUUAAUCCAGUCCUCCUUGAGUCUGGGCAGGACGCUGGACUCGGAGUACCCUCCUCUGCAGCAGUUCUUUGUGGUCCUGGAGCAAUGCCUCAAACAUGGACUGAAAACCAAGAAAUCCUUCAUUGGUAUGAACAAGUCCGUAUGGGGCCCUCUGGAACUGGUUGAGAAGUUGUGUCCAGAGUCUGUUAACAUUGCCACAAGUGCCAGAGACCUGCCCGGCAUUAAGACCGGCUUGGGGAGAGCAAGGGCUUGGCUGCAUUUAGCGCUCAUGCAGAAGACAGUAGCCGACUAUAUGAAAGCUUUGCUGGACCGUAAAGAUCUCCUGAGUGAGUUUUAUGACUCUGGAGCAUUGAUGGUGGAGGAGGAGGGGCAAGUGAUGGGGGGACUUUUGGUGGGCCUCAACGUAAUUGACGCUAACCUCUGUAUUAAAGGGGAGGAUCUUGAUUCUCAGGUGGGAGUCAUUGACUUUUCCCUUUAUCUGAAAGACCCUGCCAAAAGUGAGACUACAAAAGAUGACACCAAGAUGACAGUCAUAUUAGAUCAGAAGCACUACAUCGAGGAGUUAAAUCGUCACCUGAGUGGCACCGUCACCGACCUUCAGGCUAAGAUGGACUCUAUAGAGAAGACCAACAGCAAACUUGUAGAGGAGCUGACGGCAGCGACGGACAGAAUCAACUCUCUGCGGGAAGAACAAGAACAGCUAAGAAGGCAGAAUGAAACCAUCUUGCAGUCCAGCCAGAAAAAGGAAGAGGCAGCCCUUCAGGACAGCCAGGUGGAGCUGGAGACAUACAAACAGACUCGACAGGGCCUGGAUGAGAUGUACAAUGUGGUGUGGAAGCAGUAUAAAGAGGAAAAGCGCAUUCGCCAGGAGCUGGAGCGUGAGCUGGAGCUCCAGGUGGGCCUGAAGCAGGAGAUGGAGGUGGCCAUGAAGCUGCUGGAGAAGGACACGCAUGAGAAACAGGACACACUGGCAGCCCUGCGGCUCCAGCUCGACCAAGUCAAGACUCUCAACCUGCAAAUGUUCCACAAAGCUCAGGACUCGGAACGAAAGGCAGAGAAAAAGCAGGCGGAGGCUGUGCAGCUCGAGCAGAAGAUGGAUGAAAUGGAGAAAGUCAUGAUGGAACUAGAGCAGAGACUACAGAACUCGGAGCGAGAGCGCAAACAGAGUGACCAGUCAGACAAAGACAUGAGGGUGGAGCUGGAAGGAAAAGUGGAUGCUUUGCAGAAACAACUGACGGAUCUGGAUGCACAAAGGCUGGGUUUGGAGAAUGAGCUGCGCACUGAGAGGGAACAGAGACAGAGCCUGCAGAAAGCUCUCCAGCGGGAACAGGACAACAGCAUCGAGCUCCGCACACAGCUGCAACAACUCCAGGGCCUGAACAUGGAGCUGCAGGAUAUGAAGGAUGAGAAGCAGCAGCUGCAGCAGACAUGUGGGCAGCAGGAACAGGCUCUACAGGAGAUGGGACUGCACCUCAGCCAGUCUAAACUGAAGAUGGAGGACUUCAAGGAGGUCAACAAAGCUCUGAAGGGCCACGCGUGGCUGAAAGACGACGAGGCCACCCAAUGCAAGCAUUGCGACAAGGAAUUCUCCAUCGCACGCCGAAAGCACCACUGUAGAAACUGCGGCGACAUCUACUGCAACACUUGUUCCAGUAACGAGCUGGCCUUACCCUCCUACCCUCGGCCCGUGCGGGUGUGCGACAGGUGCCACGCCCUCCUGCUGCAGAGAAGCUCCUCCACAGUUUCCUGACAGAACACCUACAAAAUUCAAUGUUUCUAAACACUGCACAUACUCAUCCACUAUGAUUUUUAACUACUUGUGUUUACGAAAAAUGUCAUAAAAUCUUAGGGGAAUUGUGAUUCCAUUUCCACUGUUGCCUGAAAUUCAGGAACAUUAGUUCAUCUGUAUUAAAACAAGGGGCCACCUUUUAACACUGAUGGGAUGAGCUAAUAUAGUUUGAAGACUGAAUGUGAAGGAGACUUGAGUUUGCAUAGUUGAGGAUAUUUAUGUGAUGUUUCUUUGGGGCUGGAAUAACAUCAGUUUGAUGAUUGGGUACUUGAUAAACUGGUCAUUUUAAAGUAUAGUUUUUCUAAUUCAAACCGUGGAUGUACAUUAUGUUAGGCUCCCAUCACUUUGAUAUUAUUCCAACUUGUCAUGCCGUUACUCUAAACAAUUUCUACAGCUGUGGCCCCAGUGCUGAAUACAUGCAAACCUAAUGUGUAAAUGACUGUAGAAUGUUAACAAAUCUAACUAUUUUAGAAUGUAUUAUUACGACAGGGUUUUGUGGAUUGUGUCAACUGCUACGAAGCCAUUUUCUUAAUUCAUUUGGGAAUGGUGACCAAAAGUUUUUUAUCUAGACAUUUGAUAAAUGAAUAAAGCCUCCUUUUUUUUU